UGGUAAUCUCUUUCCCAUACCAUUCCUUGACUUCCAACUCCUCUUCCUUGACUGAAGCAACUGAGCUGUUUUUUUUCCUUCUUUUCCAUUUCGUGGGAUUCAUACCAGCCACUCCUGCAUUUUCACUUUGGUUUCCAACUGCAUUCCCUGAGUUUUUUUUUUUUUUUUCCUUUCCUCUUGCAAAUCCAAAAGCCCAUACUUCAAAAAUCAACUAAUGGCAUCCAACUCUAUGACUUCUUCACGUACCUCUGGCUCCUCUUGGACACCCAAGCAAAACAAACUAUUUGAAAAGGCACUGGCAAAGUAUGACAAGGACACCCCUGACCGCUGGCAGAAUAUUGCCAAGGCCGUGGGUGGGAAAUCUGCGGAGGAAGUGAAAAGGCACUAUGAAAUCCUCAUAGAGGAUGUCAAGCACAUCGAGUCCGGCAAAGUUCCAUUUCCCAAUUACAGGUGAAGUGGGCAUGGCCAUGAAAUGAUGAACAGAGCCCUCUGAGGUAUCUAUCCAAGACACAGAAGCAGAAGCAGAAUUACUGAAAAAUAUUGUGUCCAUGUCUUUUCUUGUUUUGUCUUCCAUUGUGCUGCUAAAUUAAUGUAAUGGUUCUAUAUAUGAAUGAAGUAUUAUCAUAUGACGCA